GAGAGUUGGACUCAAAUGCAAAGCUCAGGGAUGAACAGCAGCACCCCAGAGAUGGCUCCAGCGUCUCCAGGGCUGGGUGGCCCCCCACCGGGCUCCUCGCUGUCGCCCAAGAAGACCACCUUCCAGUCUUUGGGAUCUCUGUCAGCAGGGAUGUUCUCCCCCUCGCUCGCCAAGGGCUCCUCUCAUCAGGCGCAACACCAGGCCUCCGGUCCCAUGAAUUCAUCCUCCCAGUCUAUUAUGAGCUCUCCAAAACUGUGGCAGAAAGCAUCCAUCUCCAGACUGGCGGAGGAGUUCUUCUGGAUUGGUGGCAGUGUGGUCGCACAGCCCAAAUGGAGACUGGGUCAGAUCGUGGAGAGGUGUAUGUGCACCAUGCAGACCGGCACUCAGAUGACCAAAAUGAAGGGGAAGAAGAAAGGACUGGUCCGGUUCUUUUACCUGGACGAGCACAAGUCCUGCAUCCGCUGGCGACCCUCCAGGAAACACGACAAGGCCAAAAUAACUAUCGAUUCCAUUCAUGAAGUCUGCGAGGGGAAGAAGUCAGAGAUCUUCAGGCGGUACGCAGAUAACCGGUUCGACCCAAACUACUGCUUCAGUAUUUACUACGGGGAGCGAGUGAAGUCCCUGGACCUGGUCUCCACCAACGCAGAGGAAGCCCGCACCUGGAUCACCGGGCUGAAAUACCUGAUGGCCGGCAUCAGUGAUGAGGACAGUUUGGCCCGGAGGCAGCGCACCCGCGAUCAGUGGUUACAGCAGACUUUCUCUGAGGCUGACAAAAACGGCGACGGCACCUUGAGCAUCGGAGAGGUUCACCAGCUGCUCCACAAACUCAAUGUGAAUCUACCCAAGCAGAAAGUCAGGCAGAUGUUUCAAGACGCAGACACAGACGAGAACCAGGGCUCUCUGGGCUUUGAAGAAUUCUGUUCGUUCUACAAGAUGAUUUCCACGCGCAGAGACCUCUACCUGAUAAUGAUCUCCUACAGCAAUCAGAAAGAAGUCAUGGAUCUUCAUGACCUCGCACGCUUUCUGGAAAACGAACAGAAGAUGCGAGGUUUGUCCAAAGAGUAUCUAGUCGACAUAGUGGCCAAGUUCGAGCCGUGUCCUGAGAACCUGCAGCGCACGGUGCUGGGUAUUGACGGUUUUACCAACUUCAUGAGGAGCCCUGCUGGUGAUAUCUUCAACCCCGAGCACAACCAGGUGAACCAGGACAUGACGCAGCCUCUGACUAACUACUUCAUCGCCACCUCACACAACACCUACCUGACAGGAGACCAGCUGCUCUCUCAGUCUCGAGUGGAAAUGUACGCCUAUGUUCUCCAGGCGGGCUGUCGCUGUGUGGAGGUGGACUGCUGGGACGGGCCUGACGGCGAGCCCAUUAUUCAUCACGGCUACACCUUGACAUCCAAAAUCCUCUUCAAAGACGUCAUUGAGACGAUCAACAAAUAUGCCUUCACAAAAUCACCGUACCCAGUGAUCUUGUCCAUAGAGAACCACUGCUCUGUGCCUCAGCAGAAGAAGAUGGCCGAGCAUCUGAAAGAGGUGCUGCAGGACAAACUGGACCUGUCCAGCGUCAAUGUGCACGAAUGCAAGAAGCUGCCUUCCCCUGAGGUCCUGAAAGGGAAAGUUUUAGUCAAGGGAAAAAAGCUGCCAGCAAACAUCGAUCCUGAGGCAGAGGAGGGUGAUGUUUCUGAUGAAGACACAGGUGAUGAUGGAGAGGAGGAAGACGAUGAUAGCGAUGAAGAUAACUCACAGGAGGGAAAUAUCAUGACCUCGACCAAUCAAACCAAGAAGAAAAGACAGUUUGGAAGAUCAAUAAUGAGGAGCUUCAAACGAAAGAGGAAAAAGAGAAUCAGAGUGAAAAGUAAGUCACUGUCUGAUGGCGAGUCAGACUACAGCAACAGCAGGGAGAAGACACAAAUUGUUUACCAUCCUAAGAAGAGGAAAACAAUGAGGCUGUCCCGAGCUCUGUCUGAUCUGGUGAAGUACACUAAAUCUGUGCGUGUGCACGACAUAGAAACACAAGCAUUUAAUAACAGUUGGCAGGUAUCUUCCCUCAAUGAGACUGUUAUGAACCAGAUCUUGCAGCUGAAGCCAGCAGAGUUGGUCCGUUUCAACCAACGCCAACUUAUAAGAGUGUACCCGUCCAACUACAGAGUGGAUUCUAGCAACUUCAACCCACAGCCGUACUGGAACACAGGGUGCCAUAUGGUUGCCAUGAAUUAUCAAACAGAGGGCCGUAUGCUUGAACUGAACCGAGCCAAGUUUGCAAGCAAUGGAAACUGCGGGUAUAUUCUGAGGCCCAAGUGCUUACGUAAAGCUGCCUUUAACCCCAUGUUGGAGGAUCCUCUACCAGGACAGAGAAAGACUCAGUUAGUGCUAAAGAUCAUUAGUGGACAGCAGCUUCCCAAACCCAAAGACUCCAUGUUUGGGGACCGAGGAGAGAUUAUCGAUCCCUUUGUUGAGGUUGAGAUAAUCGGUCUAAAUGUGGAUUGUUCCAAGCAGCAGACCAGGGUGGUAGAUGAUAAUGGUUUCAACCCGAUGUGGGAGGAGACCCUCGUCUUCAACCUUCAAAUGCCGCAGAUUGCCCUGGUGGGUUUUCAAGUUUGGGAUCAUGACCCUAUUGGACGAGAUUUCAUUGGACAGAGGACUGUUGCUUUCAGGAGUUUGAUGCCAGGUUAUCGGCAUGUGUACCUGGAGGGGAUGGCGGAGUCAUCCAUCUUUGUUCAUGUUGCUAUCAAUGAUAUAACAGGAAAGAUCAAACCCUCAAACGCGGUGCAAGCAGCCAGAAAACACAUCCAAAAAGCAGCCCAGAAGCACAUGAAGGGUCCUCAAAGGCAUCCGUCUUUAGACUUCUCUGUCCAGUCCUCAGAAGACGGACGCGCUCUGCUCUUCCGCAAGGAUCUGGAUACCAUUUCUCAGGACAGCAGGAAUGGAGAAUUGUUAAGUCUGGUGUUAGGGCCAGCAGGCAAGGCUGCCGUCCACAAAGGGGCCAUGAGUGAGCCAGUGAAGCGAGCUCAUAGGGUUAAAAUUCACGAACCACCAGAGAUGAGGAGAGGGAUCUUCAGCCGGAUGUCCUCCACUGACUCCCACCGCUCUGCUCCCUACGCGAAAGUGGACAGCUUUGAUCUGGACAGCUCCCCCCAGGCUUCCUAUUGUGAUGGUCUGGCUCUUGAAAGCCAGAAUCCAAUUCAUGAAGAGGUGGAGAAUGAACUUGAAGAGUCACCAGAGUCAAACGGCAAGCAGGAAACGGUUCAGACCGGUUCUGAACCAGAGCAACCUGAGGAACUACCAGCAGAACCAGAGCCAGACACGGCCGUUAGCACAGAACCUGAGCAACCAACGGAAACCCAAAGUCAGACUGAUUCACUCCCUCAACCUCAACCACAGCCUCAACCUCAGUCUCAGCCUCAACCUCGGUCUCAGCCUCAACCUCAUCCUCAACCUCAGUCUCAACCUCAGUCUCAGCCUCAACCUCAUCCUCAUCCUCAUUCUCAACCUCAGUCUCAGCCUCAACCUCUCCAGUUGGAACCCAAACCCUUCCCUCUGGUCCCUCCACCGUCCCCGGCCAGGGUGAGACGGACCUUAGAGGCCCCGGCCACGCCCCGCCCGUCCACCCCGAUGCGAACAAAGGCCCGCUCACGUAGUUGCCCUCGAAAACCGAUUACCUCUCCUCAGACACCUAUGGUGAACCGCCAGCCUGCCUCCUGGAAGACCCAGCGAGCGCUCAGCCACGGCAGCUACAGCGGCCACGUGAGGCCCAUCCCCAACGGCCUCUGCCUGUCCGACAGCUCGUCCAGCAGCGGCGGCAGCACCGACAGCCUGGAGUUUGUGGUGUCCUGCGUGCCGGCUGGGGCGGAGCAACGUGAGGGCACGCUGCAGAGGGAGAUGAAGGCUCUUUUUGACCAGAGGAUGAGAGAGCUACGCUGUAAAUCGCCGAUUUUUCCAAAUGGUGAGUUGUAG